AUGAAUCCGGUAGGAGCGCAAGCGAAUGGAAAUCUAUCUUCUCGUGCUAACGCCUUUUCAGUUGAAUCGCUAAUUUCCUCCGAGCAAACAAACCAACCUACAACACUAACAAGCAUGGCUGAGUCAGGUGAAAGAAGGUCUCCUGAUAGUUCUUGCCAAGGUUAGAUAACUAAACAAUUAGGUGGUCUCACAAGACACACGCACACUUAUAGUCAAUCCUUUGUAGUUGUACCCACUGUACAUAAAAUGAUUGAUCCUCAUUGUCUUUCCUUCAUCAUCAGAUCUAGCAACGGACGCCUUAGAUUCUAUGCAAGCCAUGCAAAACAGCGUUGAAUCUACAGAGACUUUGGAGGGCGAAGACAUCACUAUCGAGCUGCAAAUGAGAGAUCUCUGGCAGCGCUUUUAUGAACUAGGCACUGAAAUGAUCAUAACGAAAGCCGGCAGGUAAGAUAACCGCUUUUUAAUUUUUUGCAUCUUAGGAAAUAAAUAUGGAUUUAAAAAGACAUUGUUUCUAGGCCGGUGUCAAAUCGUGGGGGCAAAAUGCAGCAAACAUCAUUAAAUCACAGUAUUACUGGCAUUUAUCUCUGAAGAACUUUGAUGAGCGUGGCGGAGUUGGCGUUUACUAAUUCACGGAACUUUCUUGUCGAUGUUUGGUUUGGUGAAGACUGGCUGUAAAGUUCAUAAGUUGUUCUUCAAUCCAUAGCAAUAAAAUUAUUGGUAUUGAAAAAAAUGAUACUGAAUUGAAAUAAUAUAAUUUGUUGACUCUUCACUUGUGAGAUUAGGUCGGAAAUUGCAGGGAUUUCUCAAUUUAAACAAUUGAUAAGCACCUAUAACCUUUUCCGUUUCAACAAAUUAUUUUUUGUGCUUCACUGCUCAUUCCGAUGGGGUGACAAUAACUUCUCAUGACUUCUGCCUAGGCUUAUGGUCAACCUACUUAUAAAAAAUCGAGACCACAAAAUAAAUUUCUCGAAAAAUCGGCAAAAAGAGAAAAAUAUGCAUCAGCUUGCUAUGGAUUCACUCACAGAAAUUCUUAAAAGAAUUAUAGAAUGAUAAACAAAAAGAGACCACUUUAUCCUGCUUUAUCAAGUACGUUUUUGAAUUAUCAGCAAGUUAACUGGUUUAUAUUAAGAGUAAAUUGUGCAUAAAUUCAUUUUCCAUAUUUUUCCCUGUGUAGAAGAGUAGAUACGUUGCAGAAGGGAUUUUAAAAUAGUGGACCAUAGUAGGCUGAGGACUCACUAGUAAGAAAGUGACGACUAAAGUAACAACUAAAGUACAAAAAUUAACAAUGCAAAUCGUGGUUUUUGAUAAUCAUGUUUGCGCUGUUAGAAAAAUAAGAUUACUCUUUUAAGCAGCCAGUGCAACGCAGGUCUUCCCAAAUUACUCAGGAAAAUUACUUAUCGUAUCGAAAUCUUCGUAGGAAAAAUGGUUUGCUCUAUUGUUUUAAAUGUUACACGCAAAUUAAUCAUCGUUUCUAUUUUUACACCCUUUUAUCAGCAGAAACGAUUAAAUGGCAUGAUCUGCACUCCUAUUGGAAUACUUCACACUUCAAAAAAGCUGUCUUAUUUCAAAAUGUGAAAAGAUAACCUCAAAACUGUUGAUCAACUGUUAGUUGAAACAGUAGAGCCAGUCCUAAUCUACUUAACUUCCGUCUUUACUUUUUCUGUAAAAAUACAAUAAAACUAUAUGUUGGCAACUAUGUUCUACGAAGCUGAAAAACGUAAUAAGUGGGCAAACAGGAAAGCAUUUUCUAAUUAAAUAACAAAGGUCAUGGCCGGCAUAGCCACAGCAGAAGACAUUUCAAGUGGACAAGGAAAAUUACAUUAUAUGGACAUCGUGUAUAGAGUUACCCGGCGAGCCUUAUUUGGCCAUGCAGUUCCUUCAGUAGGAGACACCUGGGGCAAAGAAAAUCGUUGCAAUUUUUACAGUAGAGUAACUCAUGAUUAAUAAUAUCACUUCGCGCGGUUAAGGGGCAUUUGAUGAAGACGAACGAAUGCUCGCCUACAGUGUAGAAACUUUAGGACUGAAACAUUUCUUUUAAGCUAUUUUCUAGUAGUUUUUUCAACGCUAUUACGUUAAUGUGUGACUGAGUAUUCUAGCACAAAAUCAAUGCCGUAUUUCGUCAUUGCUCAUUGCAAGAUAAACACGGAAGGAAUUUCUUCAUAAGAAACAUAAGCUUGACGUCCGAUGCCUUUUUUAUUCAUUAGUAAUAUCUUUUAUCACGAAGCACAUUUCUCAUAGUUAUCAGUCACUAAUUACCUUAAAGUCAUACUUAACUUAUUGCCUUUUUCCUCCAGUAUGUAUGCGAAAUUUUCGCUACCCUAAUUUUCAUCGGCGUACCUAUGUUUGUAUUUUCUAUGUUUAAACCAGUAGUAGUAAUUCUUAGAGCCCUUUCCCUUAGAAACGUCUUUUCCUAAUGUCUACUUUCUAACCUGCAAGAAGCUUUCCUUAUAGCUUAUUUCAUAAGUUUGAUUUAUUCGCUUUCAACUUUACAGGCGAAUGUUUCCCGCCAUACGUGUUAAGGUAGCAGGACUGGAUCCCAAAAGCUGCUACAUGCUGAUGAUGGAUGUUGUACCGUUGGACAACAAGCGUUACAGGUCAGCCGGCCGGCACUGCGCAUGGCAUGCAGCGGCCAAUCAUAGCCACUUGCAUGAAGAGUACAACUCUUAAGAAAUAGAAAUCAAUUUAUGUACUUGUUUGCUUGUUUAUAAACUGGUCUCACUUAAGGGAUUUCAUGGUGGAGAAAGUCAUCAGGCUAUUUAGUAAUCAGACUUAUUAGUCGUGGCACCUUAUCGUUAUAACAACAAAUUCUACCACAUGUACUAGUAACUGGUCCCAGAAUUCCAUCCUUAGGAACCAGACUCUUCACGCGAUUGUUUUUGUUGUUUUUAAUGAUUUAUACCAGGAACUGAAUGCUUAAAAUUUGAAACACUAUUGUCUAGGCAAUUCAAAUCCUUUUGCUUCAGUGAUAAAAAGAACUUAAUAGCUGAAAUGUUUAGUAGUUUAAUAAUAAACUGCUCGUAACUGCUCCAGGUAUCCCCUAACGAACCUAGUGUAUAACCUCACUCUUUAUGAGUCUCUCGAGGAUGGAACACACCCCUCCCCCAAUUCGGUGCUUGAACGACAUAGUUUUGUUUAAACCUUUCUAAAGAAUAACGGGAUUUUGGUCUGCAAUAGGUAUCGACUUAUACCUGGUAAAGUCAGGUUUUUCGCUUUGAGGGUUCCCUUUUCUCGUUGUAUGUUCAUUUGCUGAUUUUCUUUCAAACAGAUAUGCAUACCACAGCUCUAAGUGGGUCGUGGCGGGAAAUGCAGACGCACCGAUGCCAGGACGCGUUUAUAUUCACCCGGAUUCUCCCGCGCUUGGUGAGGAGUGGAUGAGACAAGUGGUUUCAUUCGAUAAAGUUAAACUGACCAAUAACGAGCUUGAUCAACAAGGACACGUGAGUAACCUUCACCUCCUGGUAAAAUGGCGCGAAAAUAAAUGUCUCUAUUUGAAAUUGUUAAAUUUAUCCUCCAUUUCUGUGUAAAGUAGUAAGUGCUGGUUUUGAAACCAUGGUCCUCUUUCAAAAAUACUCUUUAUCUUUUUAUUUUUCAUCUUGUUUUUCUUCUUCUACAUCUUCUUCUUUUGAUUAUUAUUAUUAUUAGUAUUAUUAUUAUUAUUACUCGCGUAGAAGGGUUCUCUCGCGAUUUAGUUCUUUCUUAAUGUUUCUUUGCAAUUACAGCAUCCAGACAAUCAUAAAGUUCGAGAGGAAAAAGGAAAUAAUUAUAAACAAAUUAAAAAGGUCUUGAAUGUUAAGAAAAUUCUCCUGGUCAUAGGAAAUGUACAGAGAAUAUACGUAUGGAGAAUAAACAUAGUGAUAUUUCAGUAAGACCUUGAGUUCCAUCGAAGCCUAGAUAUCUCACCAAGAGGUUAAUCUUUGAAUUUGCUUUUCUUUGUGUUUUUAUAGAUUAUCCUACACUCGAUGCACAAAUAUCAACCCAGAAUUCAUGUCAUAAAAAAGAAAGAUCCCACAGAGGCCACCUCUUUAGACAUGGAAAGAUCGUCGGCAUUGAAAAAGACUUUUGUUUUCCCAGAGACCGUUUUUACAACAGUAACCGCCUACCAGAAUCAACAGGUAUGUCGUAAAUGACAAGUCUGAUAAUCAGUUUUUCAUAGUUUACAACUCCACUCUCUUUUCUCAAUUCGUCUUUUCAAAUCUCCUUUUCGUGAUCCCCUAAGAAAAGCCUGAUACUGAGGUUAUAGUACAUCACCGUCCCAAACAGAAACUCGACGCUUUUUGCGUUUUGUUAAUUAAAUUUGCGUAGAGUUAGUUAAAUAGGGUCGAAUAAUUGAAUUAACGGUCAUCUUAAAAGGGAUUUUUUAGCUGGUGUUUCGAUCGUUACCCCUUUGCGAGGAUGAAUCAGUGCCAGGAGACUUAAACCACGGUCCUGUCAGUGUUACCGGUGCUAAGGUUGUAUCAAGUCCAAAUACUGUUACUGUUACUAGAAAAUAAAAAGAGAAUCAGUAAUAUAAAGUCUAACCUCUCAGCCUAUAUUGGACACCACUCUAUUAUAUUAAGAACAGAUUAUUGGUCAAGAUACAAUACUUCACUAUUUCUCAUCUCUUUAAUGCGAACACUUAACUCUAUCCUUCUAAUAUCCGUAUUAUUAGGAAGUCUGGGACUGGCAAUCCUCCGUGAUGAGCAUUAAAUGACUUUAUAUUUUCGACUACAGAGAGCUUUACCCACAAAAAGCUGCAAUUAUUCAUGAUCAGUCGCCUUAAUCAGUAUAUAACUAAUGAUCACAGCUUGACAGGUGUCGGCUCUAUUUUGCUACUAAUUGCAAAAAUAUAUGGUAUAAACAGAGAAAAAGGCCCAUUAAAAAGCUACCUUGACCCUCUUUAUUACCUCAGCCGACAUCUCGGGACAGAAAGAGGGCUUAAAACCGACAAUAACUAAAAUAAUCGAUCUCGAGGGAUUUAAAAAAUAGACAAAAAUAACUUGCAUAGCCAGCGGUAUUGUUUAUUUAAAAGCGAAGUUUUAAGUAAUUAAACGGUCCAUUUUCGGCUUUUUUUGGCAUCACUUUGCCGUCCACUUGCAAGCAAAUAACGCCGACGGCUGUGACAAGGAAAUUGAACAUUCCUUUUUCUAAGCGAUUUGAGUAAGAUUUCUGUUUUUCCCAUUAAAUAUUCACUCUUGUGUGGGCAGUUCCCUGUAUAUACAUUUUGUCUGUUGUUUCUUUUCUCCGAAAUUGCUGGAGCUGAAUACACCAACUUUAUUUACUUAUAUGUUUUUGCCGUUUAAAAUGACUCUUAACUACACUUACUGUCGGCUAUUAAAAGCUCAAAAACCUGGUGAAAGAAUUAAAAUAACAACUCCGCGCAAGGCGGACAGGAUGUUGUCCUUUUAAAGGCGCUAACAAUAUGUUUUUAUAAUUCACUCUCAGUAAAUAUUCUUUGACUGAAAUUGUUAGCAUUCUCAACAGUUCGUUGCAUAUCACUUACUUGCUGAUUGCGCAGUCGACGCGCCGAUAAUGAAAACGGUUCCUUUGAACUCGGAAACGUUUUGCAUCUAGACGUUUUAUAAUGAUCUCAAUUAGAUCUUAUUUGUAUCUUCGCCGCCUAGUGAGUGACAGUCAUAGUGUUAUUUCAAGUCACGUCGUGUUCUAAAUACAUGGAAAAGAAUCUGGAAAAAGGGACAACUUUAAAAACGCAUGCGCUAUUUUUGCAAUCUUGGUUCAAAACAAAGAUAAUGUAAACUGUCUGAACAGUGAUUAUUGAGCCAUAGUAUUGUCAUCCGUAUUCUUUGUGCCUUCAUGUUUGGGAAUAAAAUGCUAAUUAAAUCAGUAAUUUUCAGUUCAAAUCUUUGAUUUGUACAUUUUUAUUAAAAGUUGACCGGUUGUGAUCGGUCUCUUUGGAAAUGAAUCUCAGGAACGAAUUUCGGUUAAACAAAAAUUGAAAUAGCCUCUGAAACUAAACAUUUUAAAACAUUUGCGACAAAUGGUGUGUGCCGAAUUUUUUUUUUUCAACAAAACGUUUUAUACACGAUUCGCACUCAGUCUGGAAAGAGGGUCGCGUAUCUUGAAUUCUGCCUAGUAAGUCAUGUAAAUUAACAUAGUAUUCUGGUGUCUUUAUUUCAGAUAACUCGUUUGAAGAUUGACUCUAACCCUUUUGCUAAAGGGUUCCGAGAUUCUGGUAGAGUAAGGUGAGAGGACAGUGGUAAAGUUAUUUGAGGGGGACAUUGGGGGUUACUCAAUACCGCUAUACCGUAAGAAAAAUUGGCAAAUACCGAAAUACCGUGUCGACAAUCGACGAAAUAUCUGAAUACCGCAUUUAUGAUUGGUCAUGCUUACUUAACGUUGUAUCCAUCUCGCGUGUUUUUUAUCUCAAGCAUGUAUACACCAGAAAUCAACCUCAGCCUUCGCGGGAAAACGGGAGCUCUCGAAUUGAUCGGUACAAUGAUCGAAAAGCCAGGUUAUUGAAUUUCAUCAUAGAGUAACCGUCAGAAAUUGUGUAUUCAUUUACCGUUAAGUCUAAAGUCUCUCAAAUAUUCACGUACAUUAGACAGGAGAGGCCAAAUGAACAGUACCGCAAUACCGUGAAGGAUCUUCUUUUACCGAAUACCGUUACCCAGAAAGAUGAAAAACCGCAUACCACAGGGCUGGAUGAUACCGCAAUACCGCACAUUAAAAUCAAAAUUACCAAAAUACCGCUUGAAAGAAAGCUCAAUAACGUAAUACCGUAAACACCCAUGUCCCCCUCAUAUUUAGAAGCAACCAAAAGGGAACGUAUCUAGUUUAGACACGUCUGAUGUAUCUUGAAUAAUAUAUCGCACAGGAGAAACUCUAGAAAUUCAGGUUUUUUAUUUUUCUCGAAGGAUUCCCUUGGUGAAAGAAAGAAAUCAAUUAAAAAGCUAUGCCUUUCGUACUACUUAUUUCUGUUAUUGGUAUUAUCUCAGUAUAUUUAUUCAGAAUAUUCCAAUUUAGAAAAAUAUUUAAUGUGCGAUAUCCAAGUAUCUAUACCUAUAUGCCUAAACGCUUUUUUUUUUUUCGAUAUAGUUAGUACAAAGUAUACUUAAGAUGUUAUUUUGAUAGCUUCCCAAAAUAGAAGUUGGCAUGGUUUUAGUUUAAGAGAUUUCAAUGAAAUAUUUUAUUAUCAAAGCUUUAGAUGGUGGCAGGGUCCCAAAAAUAAGAUUCGGCAUCGAUUUAGUUGAAGUGUUUUAAAUUGAUUAACAGAGAUCCCAUGGAAGAGAUAAUGCAAGCUUACUCGGCUGCUUCAGCUUACUACAGACCUCCUGCAAGAGCUCUUGUGUAUUCAAAUUUCGGAAGAGAUGAACAGCUUAGUCAAGGUAAGUGAGGAGGAUUAUCUACCUACUACUGUCAGUCUAUUUUAAGCAGUCCUGUAGUUUCAGAGGCUUAUGGCGGCUAGGGAUGAACAGAUCUGGUCUUUUCUAGACGUGAGGGGCGAAACGUCCUUAACAGCGAGGAGCAAGGAGAAACGGCUAUAUUCGCAGGCUAAUAGAACGAUGGAAAGGCAUCACCGUAAACAAUAAUAAUAAAAAAAUGAACAAAUGAUAACUUCAGCUCAAAAUUAUAAUAUCCUACAAGAAGAUUAUUUUCAACUCAACUGAAAAUUUACACAAUUCGAGCAAAAACUCAUCCUCAUAAUAAUAAUACUUUAUUUAUUCAGCGCCAUUUCCAGCUAUGUCCGAUAGCGCCUUACUGUAUACCCAGUCUUUUAUUCUCUAACAAAAUGAGUUGGGAAAUUGCUUGGCAUUAGCAAAUAAGAGUAUCGGGAAUUAGUCAUGAUUUUGCUAUUUACUUUAGCACUUGGAUUCGAAGUUAACUGUGAGAGACAAUAUCUCGAGCCAAGUAUAAUUGAAAAGCUAUUGUACAGUUCAUGGGUUACUAAUCUACUUCAACUUUGGGCAUCUGAUCGUCCACAGUAGACUUUCCCCUUGUUUUAUGUUAAAAGUACUGAAUUUCUAACCUCGUUAUAAUAAAAACGGAUAUUCCGCUAAAAGGCUUGACAGCUUUCAAUCCUUUUGUUUUAGUAAAAGGAUGGUCUGUUUAAAGUUUCACAAGCCAUAAUUUUAUUGUUGUAGAUCAAAGCCCUUGUUCUCAACAUGCAGCGGUAGCAUCUCCAUAUCAGAGUGUUCCUCCUAUCAGUCCAACUCUGUCACCACAAACCUCACCAACAUGUACCUCAAAUAAUGCUUUCACUGGCUAUAACGGACAUGCGUGUUUAUCGUCCAUCCCACACGGAGCUAUGGUAACCAGUCAGUAUCAAAUAAAUCCUUACUGCGCAGCUACAGAAACAUAUGGGACUUUCAGCCAUGUAUUUCAUUCAGGGGUAUCGCCGUUUUCACCAUGCACAGCCAGUGGUGUAAGUAGCCAAUCGGAGAACAUGAUUCCAAUUAGUCCGAUUUCUAAUCACCCGACCAAUGGAUUUCAGACAAAUCACUUCACUUCUGCGCAUGCCUUUACGGCGCAUACCGGAUAA